AUGGCUAAUAUUUUAUAAGUUUACGAAUAGUGUAUAAACAAUCCAGAGAUAUUAAGACAUGGAGACCAAUAUCUAUCAGAAUAUCUAAAGAAUACACCUAAUUUUAUACUAGAGUCAUUAAAGUUAAUAUUUGAUGUCAAUCAACAAUAAAGAAAAUACAUAGCAAUUUUAUUCAAGAAUGUAAUCCUAUUGAAUUGGUAACAUUUGCAACAAUAAAUAAAAUCAGAUAUUUUAAAGGUUUUAGUAGAUGGUCUUUAAUAAGAGCAAUAAGUACCAGUUUAAGAAAUCAUUGUAAAUUAUAAUUUGUAAUUUAGACAAUAAUAAUUACAGAAGUAAUGAGAAGAGAUCCUGAAUAUCAAUCAUUGAUACCAUAAUUUUUACAUUUAUACACUCAAAAUCCACACAUUAUAAAUACACUAAUUCAUAUCUAUCAGUAAUUAGAUGGAUAGAAUUUAAUAUCAUAUUGUGAAAUAAUUCUUUAGAAUAUGUUAUCAUAACAAUCACCAACAUCUAAAACAUAUAAUUUGGUUUAUUAGGUUAUAAAAAUGUUUUCUCAUUGUGAACAAACUGAUAUAGAAUAAUUAAAAUAAUGUUUCGAUUCAACAUUUAUUUAAUGGAUGGAGCGAUUCUCAUAAGUUUUAUAACAAUAAGAUUAAUUAGAAUCUUAGAUUUAUAUUAUGAANUUCAUUAAAUCAAUUUUAUUAGCAUCAAUAGCCACAAUUCUAGCAAAGAAAUAUAUUAUAGGAUAAAGAACCUUAACUAAUUUAAACUUCUAUGCCAUAAUCAAAACGUAAUGCCUCAGCGAAUAGAAAAUCUCCAAUGGCAAGAUAAAAAGAAACUGCACAUUUUUGUUAAGAUAUAGACAGAUCAAUUUCUGUAGAGAAAAACAAAAAAAAUAAUAAAACAAUUUUAAAAAAUGCCAUAACAUAUGUGUGUAUGGCUGGAGAACCUAAUAAAAAGGAGAGAGAAGCAAUUCUAUAAAAAUUAGAUGGAGUUGAAGCUGAACAUUUUAUCAUAUUAUUCAAAACUUAUGGUAGAUCGGUAAGAAAUAAAAAAUAUUAAGGACUUUCGAGGUUUGUAUGGCUAUGCAGUAGACUCACAACCUUAUUUUAUAUUUGGAUAAGGAAAAUGUCCUCAGGUUUUAACUUCUGAGAUGGUGAAAACAUUUUUCAAAUAUGAUUCUGGAGCUAAAUAGUUUAAAGCAAUAGAUGGAAACAAGUAAUUUACUAUUAUGGUUGAUGCUGUUUAAUUAAGAAAAUGA